UUAGUCUACGACAAAAUGGCGUCCGAAGUUGGAGGGUUUCAAACGAUUUGCGUGAAGUUUAGCGAAAAAUAUUGUUCCUAUCACUACCUGUAUUUCAAGAAUCACACAACAAGAGAUGAAGAUACAACAAAACCACCGAAUAAGACACUUUUUGUCGUGAAUAUUCCCCCAUAUUGCACAAAGGGCUCCUUAAAGCGACUGUUCAGUAGUUGUGGCGCUAUAAAAGAGGUAUUUCUUGUCAAGCAACCGGGGUCAACGGAGAGGGAUGCGGCAAGCUUAGUCAUCCCACCAGAUAGUGUCAAGGGUUUUAAGGUUGGUUAUAUUGUCUUCAAAAAGUCUUCUUCUUUGAGUGCAGCAUUAAACCUAGACAAGUCUACAGUAAGAGUGCUUUCAACAAAGAAAAAUCCAGUAGCAACUGGAAUGAAAAAAUGGAUUGAGGAAUAUCACUUACAAUACCCAGAUACAAAAAAGUUACAGCUUGAAGUGGAUGAAUUUAUGGCAAAGUUUGAUGAAGAUAGAGAGAAGACCGAAAGAGAAGAGGCUGAAUCACGUAACCAAGCCGAUGAUGAGGGCUGGGUGACCGUUGGGAGAGGUGGAAGGAACCCAGCAGCACCCAGACUGGAUGUCAAUGAACUACGAGAAAGAAAAAAGAGGAAAAAGAAGCAAGCACUGUUAAAUUUUUACCAGUUUCAACAACGCGAGACACGAAGAGAACACAUUGCGCAUUUACGAAAGAAAUUCGACGACGACAAGAAAAGAAUCGCUGAAAUGAAGUCAGCCAGAAAAUUUCGACCCUAUUGAUUAUUCUUAAUCAUUCAACUUUUCACGAAGCAGCGUUGCUAUAUAUAUUGACAGAAUUCAAAUUAAAGCGGGAUUUCAACAAAGAAAGUGUAGUCUUAUGUUGUGGUUAACAUCUGAGACGUGCAGGUAUUAGUACGGUUUGUGAGAGGCGGUUAUUUCUUAUCAACGUCUACGCCUCUCAUACAACCGCGAAUAUUUUAUAUUUGAUGACGUUAAACUCAUUAAGCCCCGGAGCAAAAAGGGGCAAUCAAUCGUGACAGUGUAAAACCGGAAAAACUAAGAAACAAAACAAAACAAAGUUUAAAAAAAUUUUGCCGGUGAAAAGAUUGGAAGCAAUUAUGGUUUUAGGCAUUUCCCGUUCAAAGUUACUUACGUCAGUUGAAACCUUCUGUUGAUACAAGGAACUUCAGACUUGCGUCAUUAAGGAUUCUAAUAUAUUUGAAUACGUCCUUGAUUAGUCUAUUUUGUAAACAAACUGUGGUGUGUGUUCCGCAAGCAUUGAAACACGAAAACGCUAAGUUGAUAUCUGAAUCAGUGGUGAACCUUUAAACAGCGACAGAGAGUGAAAAAAGUCUUGUAGGUCAUCAUUAUAAUUAAGGAUUUGGUUUAGAAAUUUUAGAAACUUUUCCUGCUAGGCUCACUACUCCAUGCUAAUGAUAACAAAUCUGAGACCUGUAAGAAUACUUGAUAGAAUAAAUGAAUUUAAAGAAAACACA